GUCGGAGCAUCGAGCGUUCAAAACAGUGUUUUAUUUUGAAGCUAUGAGUCGUAAAAGAAACCACGGUUUUAUUGAGACGGGGCAGCUGGCUGACUCUCAGGCCGCGCUGAUGGAGAGCUCAGGGCCCUGUGCGCGGGUGGAGGAGGGUUUCUGCGAGCUGGAGCUCGAUGAGGAGCUGGUGUGUUCCGUCAGCGAGAUCACCGAGCACCUCGGCAGGAACAUCACCGUGGCGCUGGAGGAGGCCCUGGCCGAAAUCCGCAAAGUGGUGAGCGCACGGACCAGGCUGCUGAAGAUGGAGCUGAGGGAGAAGACCGACGAGAUCGAGCUGCUCAGAGCCCGGCUGGAGUGUGUGGCCAGCGAGCCGGCCCGGAAAGCCGACUUCGUCCUCCAGGCGCCGCAGAAGAGCAGCAGCAGCAGCGGUGGCGGUGGUGGUGGCGGCUCGGAGCCGAAGAAAGCCAAAGCGGCCGCUCCCGCUGUGAAGAAGGAGAACAUCGACGCAAUCUGCGAUUACCUGAUGAAGGACAAGAACUCCCGGGGCGGUGCUGAGGUGGAGAGCGAGCGGCAGCACCAGGCCUCACUCAGCCCCUGGACCGAGAGCGAGGACAUCUUCAGCAUGUUACCCUCCGCCAGCAAGAGGCUCUACGACUAUGAGUGGAUGUCCGGAGUGGAGCUCAACUCCAGCGCGGAGUAUAAAGGUGAAUCUGAGUCCAAGUGUGAGAAUGCCACUGCUGCAAGAGGGACAACUGAAGAAGAGUCCGAAGAAGGGAGAGGCGUAGGACCGGUCUCUGACGAUUCCUCCGCUCCAUUUGCACUGGAUGCUCAUGGCUCACCAGAGGAGGACAACAGCAGUCCAGUGGAGGACAGUAUAGACCGAUUAGAUCCAGACCAGCACUUUUCUGCUCCAACCUUCAUCUGCCCCUUCUGUGGAACCCUCUGCCCCGACUCGUCGUUCCUGGAGGAGCACAUGAAGCUGAUGCACCGAGAUGAGAGCGCUGCUCAGUCUGGUUCCUCUUCCAGCGGCGGGCAGGGCGGUGAAGCGGAUGUGUGGCGGAAGGCCAGCGAAUCCCAAGCCCGCGAGAAGAAGGUGGAAGGCGGCUACGAGUGUGGAGACUGCGGCCGCCGCUUCAACUACCUGGGCAACCUGCGUCAGCACCGGCGCAUCCACACAGGCGAAAAACCUUUCGUGUGCUCGGAAUGUGGCGAGCGAUUCCGGCAUGCUGCGCGCCUCAAGAGCCACCGCCUCAGCCACAGCGGUGCGCAGAGCCCCUUCCCAUGCCCGCAGUGUGGUAAAGGCUUCCCUGUGCUCUCAGGUCUUAAACGGCAUCAGCGUGUGCACACGGGCGAAAGCCCUUACGCGUGCCCACAGUGCGGCCGUCGUUUUAAAGAGCUCGGCAACCUGUACACACACAUGCGCAUUCACAGCGGCGCCACACCCUACACCUGCUAUCAGUGCGGCCGAAGCUUCAGACAUUUAGGGACUUACAAAAGCCAUCGCUGCACUCCUAUCACACAGGUACCCAGUGCACACGGUACAGCGUGGCCUCAAGAGGACAAAGUCCAAACUGGAUAAACGGAAUUCCGCCAGCUCGUUCUCGUGCACCGUUUCUACUUCAGGAGACGUUUGAGGGAUAUCUGACCUCAGUGAUGCAGAUGCUAAAUGUUACAGACAAAAGUAGGACACUUGGGAGGGAAAGAAUGACCUCAAAUCUUCUUUUUCUGGUUUAAAUAUGCUGAAACCUUCAAGUAGUACAGGUAAUAUAAAGAAUCUGAUUAGAUCACUUCCUGAAUCGGACGUUAUUGUAGCGCAGGUGAGAAUUUGAUGGAGACUAUUUGAAGUGAGCAGAAAUUAGCACACGAUGCUUUAGCCCAGGUUUGUUUAGAAAAGAAGACAUGCAACAUAAAAAUAUUCUUACAUUUAAUAUUGACUGUUUCCAAAAUAUAGAGCAUGCACGUUGAUUUGUGAGACUAAGAUUACUACACGGCUGUUGAAAAUAUUUUUAAAUUUAUAUACAUUUUUUUUUUCUUCUUGACAUUUUUUUUUUCUUUUACCAAACAAUUAUUUUAGGCUUCAUUUCUGCAAUCAGCCUGAGUUUAUUUGCAUCCGAGUCUUUUGUGCUUUAGAUCUCCUUGUGACGUCUAAAGCCUUCAUGAUGAUGUGUUACUGUAUCGACUGCUUCAGUAGUUGUAUAGGGAAUAUCCUAAACUGCCUAUUUGUGUUCUAGUUUACUACUUUAUCAUGUAAUUGACACUAUUAACACAUGGUUUGUUUGGAUUAAUUUAAAUAUGUCCACUCUUUUAAAAAUCUAAAGAAGUCUAAAAUGUGCAAAACGAAACAAGAACUUUCAGAAACACGAAGACUGUUGUGUAGCUAUUUUACAUGGUAAGAUAAUGAAAAGUCAGUGUUGUGAAAUCAGCUGCAUCAUAUGACUUUUAUUAAAAAUUAUACCCAGUGUGUAAUCAGUAAAAAAAAUAUAUAUAUAUUGUAUGACUGUUAAAUAAGGUGAUGCAAACUGUCCGUGAUCAAAUACCAAUGGAUUGGUCUUUACCCGUUACUGCCAACGUAGUUGUAACCCUAAUUAAUAAACAUGAAAUGAAACGUAAA